AUGGCGACCUCAGCAGCUUCGAACUUCCUGAGUAGGGGGACCUCGGGAAAUAAUUCGAAUAUGCGUGGACUGGUGCAGUUCAUCGCUGAUCUGCGGAAUGCCAGAGCAAGGGAAUUAGAAGAAAAGCGGAUCAAUAAGGAAUUGGCGAACAUAAGACAGAAAUUCAAAGAUGGCAGUUUGAGUGGAUACCACAAGAAAAAAUAUGUCUGCAAGCUUCUGUACAUAUACAUUCUGGGGUGGAAUGUCGAUUUCGGUCAUCUCGAAGCUGUCAAUCUCAUUUCUGCAAACAAAUAUUCUGAAAAGCAGAUUGGAUAUCUUGCUAUGACCCUUUUCCUACACGAGCAGCACGAAUUGUUACAUCUCGUCGUCAACAGCAUAAGGAAGGACCUCACAGAUCACAAUGAGUUGUUCAAUUGUCUGGCGUUGCAUGCGAUUGCAAAUGUGGGUAGUAGGGAAAUGGGAGAAGCGCUCAGUGGAGAAGUGCACAGGCUGCUGAUAUCACCGACUUCAAAAUCGUUUGUGAAGAAGAAGGCUGCUCUGACUCUAUUGCGAUUGUAUAGAAAACAUCCAGAUAUUGUCCAACCGCAGUGGGCGGAACGCAUAAUAUCACUUAUGGAUGAUGCGGAUAUGGGAGUUGCCUUGUCCGUGACCUCUCUCGUAAUGGCUCUUGCACAAGACAACCCUGAGCAGUACAAGGGAAGUUAUGUAAAGGCAGCUUCAAGAAUGAAGCGAAUACUUGUAGAUGAAGAAUAUGCGUCGGAUUAUCUUUACUACAAAGUACCUUAUACCCAUGUUCGCGAUUUGAUCCGCGAAUCACUACAGAAGAUUUUGAAUUUGGCAUUAGAGAUGCCAAAAAACGUCCAACAAAAUAAUGCACAGAAUGCGGUUCUGUUCGAGGCAAUUAAUCUCAUCAUCCACCUGGAUACAGAAACGGCGCUCAUGAAACAAAUAUCAAGCAGACUUGGAAAGUUCAUCCAGUCAAGGGAAACGAAUGUUCGUUACCUAGGGCUAGAAGCAAUGACACACCUUGCCGCGAGAGCCGAAACUCUGGAUCCCAUCAAACAGCACCAGUCUAUCAUCAUUGGAUCUUUGAAAGAUAGAGAUAUCAGUGUGAGACGAAAAGGCUUGGACUUACUGUACAGCAUGUGCGAUUCUACCAACGCGCAACCAAUUGUUGGAGAACUAUUACACUAUCUGCAAAAUGCAGAUUUUGCCAUUCGAGAAGAAAUGGUCCUAAAAAUUGCUAUUCUGACAGAGAAAUAUGCCACUGACAUACAGUGGUAUGUUGAUAUCUCACUCCGACUCAUAGCCAUGGCUGGAGAUCAUGUCAGUGAUGAGGUAUGGCAUCGAGUCAUCCAGAUUGUAACGAAUAACGAACAAUUGCAAAUAUAUGCAGCACAGAAUAUCUUGCAGUACGUCAAGGCGGAUCAUUGUCACGAGACCUUGGUCAAAAUAGGUGGCUACCUAUUGGGUGAGUUUGGACAUCUAAUCGCCGAAGACAAAGGCUGCAGUCCGAUCGAACAGUUCCUCGCUCUGCAGAGUAAACUCCAAGGUUGCUCUUCAAGCACGAGAGCUAUCAUUCUCUCCUCUUUUAUCAAAUUCGUCAAUCUGUUCCCUGAAAUCAAGCCCCGCCUUAUGUACGUCUUCCAAGCAUAUAGUCAUACACUGGAUUCCGAGCUUCAGCAGAGAGCAUGUGAGUAUCUUGCUCUGGCAAGUCUUCCGAAUGACGAUCUUCUUCGCACGGUUUGCGAUGAAAUGCCGCCAUUCCCAGAGAGACAAUCUGCUCUUUUAUCUCGCCUACAUCAAAAGCAUGGAAAGACAAGCGACAAACGGACAUGGGUUGUUGGAGGUAAGGAUGCCCAGGCGGGUGAGAAAGACCUGUCUUUAGCCAUGAAUCCAGGAUUAAAACGCGCUCAAAGUUCCAAUGGCAUCACUCCUGCCAAUGGAGCGACAAAUGGUGGUUCAAACGGGACCAAUGGUCAACACAACGGUUCUAGUGAUCUUGCUGGACUUGAUAUGCUUGACUCCGGACCAGCAGAGCCAAAAAUGCUCAAAGCACCAAAUUUGGCAAGCGCGGCACAUCUCUCUCCAGACUGGGAGGUUGGCUAUAACAAGCUUCUGCUAAAAGCAGAGGGCAUUUUAUACGAAGACGGUCAGAUACAGGUUGGUGUGCGGUCAGAGUACCGUGGAGAAAUGGCCUGUAUCAUUCUAUACUUCUCGAAUAAAGCUCCCACUGCGGUCAGCUCGUUCACCACGACUCUAGAUCUCGAUGCGGUUGAGAAGGAGAAUUUGACUUGGGAAGUCAAAGGGUUGCCAGAAAGCACUAUUGCUCAAGGCCUACAGAGCCAACAAAUGAUCAUGUUUAGUGCUCACAAUGUCUUUGACAAGAGCCCAACCAUCAGAAUCAGUUAUUUGGCUGGUGCGCUUCAGGCCCUGACAUUAAAAUUACCGAUCACAAUUCACAAAUUUAUGGAUCCUGCAGAGUUGACCGCGGAUGAUUUCUUUAAACGAUGGAAUCAGAUCGGAGGCGCUCCACGAGAGGAGCAGCGGGUGUUCGGUGUGAAGGGUAAUGAUCGGGAAUUCAACGACUCUUUUAUUCGAAAAACGGUCGACGGAUUCAGAUGGGGCAUUCUCGAUGGCGUGGACAAAAACUCAAAGAAUUUUGUAGGCGCUAGUGUUCUUCAUAUUGGUGGUGGUCGGAAAUUUGGAUGUCUGUUGAGACUGGAGCCCAACUAUGGGAAGCAGAUGCUCCGUCUCACCAUCCGAGCAACAGACGAAACCGUCCCCCCAGUUCUCAUCAAAAUCAUGGUCGACAGACUACAAAUCGGCCAAUCCACACAACCAGAGGAAUUUAUCCCGCCGUCACAGCGCGAGAUCUCUGAUGCUUUUGGAAAUGUUCUUGUGUUAUGA